UUAGGAAAGGUUGCGGACAUUGACGCUUCUUUUAUUAAAGUGAACUAUAGGAUUUACGGUGAAAAAGAAUAUUUUCUGGCUCAUACGUUAGAGAGGAAGAUUUUGUUUCUCGGAAAUGGCUACGGGAGCAAACGCAACCCCGCUGGGGAAGCUGCACCCGAGUAUUGGAGCUAAACGCGGUUUCGACGCAGGGCCUGGAGCGGGGUUAAUGGCUCCUCCAGGCCCUCCGGUUUCUUUCCCUCUGCAAAAUUUUCAGCAGCCACAAAUGCCCAAUGUCUCGUUCCCUCAGUUUUCUUCUGCCACCGGAUCUACGUUUGUAACUCAACCUCAGCAAGCAGGAGGCGGAAUGCAGUCGCAGUCGAAUAGCGGAGACUUCGGUCAGAAAAAAUCUCGGAAAAGAAGCCGUUGGAGUAGCGAGACGCCUGACCAGAAGACCGUUAUCCCAGGCAUGCCUACUGUCAUCCCCCCUGGUUUAACACGGGAUCAGGAGAGAGCUUAUAUAGUCCAACUUCAGAUUGAAGACCUGACUCGUAAACUGCGUACAGGAGACCUGGGAAUCCCUGUUAACCCUGAGGACAGAUCCCCCUCUCCAGAGCCCAUAUACAACAGCGAGGGGAAGAGGCUGAACACUAGGGAGUACCGCACGCGCAAGAAGUUGGAGGAGGAGAGACAUGCGCUCAUCACUGAGAUGAUGGGACUGAACCCUGAAUUCAAGCCACCUGCUGACUACAAACCUCCGGCCACCAGGGUUAGUGAUAAGGUAAUGAUCCCUCAGGAUGAGUAUCCAGAGAUCAACUUCGUUGGCCUUCUGAUUGGACCGCGCGGUAACACCCUGAAGAACAUAGAGAAAGAGUGUUGUGCUAAGAUCAUGAUCCGCGGGAAGGGCUCCGUGAAGGAGGGAAAAGUGGGCAGGAAGGACGGUCAGAUGCUGCCCGGCGAGGAUGAGCCGCUCCAUGCCCUGGUCACCGCCAACACCAUGGAGAACGUCAAGAAGGCCGUGGAGCAGAUCCGGAAUAUUCUGAAGCAAGGCAUCGAAACUCCGGAGGACCAGAACGACCUGCGUAAGAUGCAGCUGAGAGAGUUGGCCCGACUCAACGGGACUCUCAGAGAGGAUGACAACAGGAUCCUCCGCCCGUGGCAGAGCUCUGAGCCGCGUAGCAUCACUAACACCACUCUUUGCACCAAGUGUGGCGGAGCUGGUCACAUCUCAUCCGACUGCAAGUUCACCAGCUCAUUUCCCGCGCGGACUGGCGAACCACCGCAGUCGGCGCAGGACAAAGCUCGUAUGGAUAAAGAAUACCUGUCCCUCAUGGCAGAGCUGGGCGAAGCUCCAGUCCCCGCCUCUGGUGGGGGCCAUAACAACAGCGCCCCUAGUGGCCCACGAGGGUCAGGACCGAGCAACAACCAGCCACCCCCAAGUCGUCCACCCUGGAUGAGCUCGGGUCCUUCCGAUAACCGAAACUUCCACAACAUGCACAGUGGCCCCGGGGGACACGGUGGUCCCCACAGCUUCCCCCCACCGAUGCCCAACAUGGCCGGCCCGCCCAUGCCACCAAACCCUAACGGCAUGCCCCCACCCUGGAUGCAGCCACCGCCUCCCCCAAUGGGUCAGGGUCCCUCCCCACACGGACAUCCUAUGGGUUUGUUGCCUCCUCCCAUGGGGAUGAUGCCACCACCUCCACCGCCACCCAACAGCCAGCCGCCCCCUCCGCCGUCAGGGCCCUUGCCUCCAUGGCAACAGCAGGCUCCACCACCCCCUCCUACCAGCAGCAUGGCCACCAGUGCGCCAUUGCCAUGGCAACAGAACACCACCACCACCUCCACCCCUGCCACUGGUAACUUGCCCCCAUGGCAGCAACCCCAACCCUCCGCUGCCUCUGCCGCUCAGCCCCCUCCACCCAUGGGUACUCCGUCUAUGGUGCCGCCACCACCUGGAGUCCAGCCCCCGUUGCCCCCCGGCGCGCCUCCUCCCCCUCCCCCUCCGCCGCCUGGAUCAGCCGGCAUGAUGUAUGCCGCCCCACCGCCUCCACCUCCACCCAUGGACCCCAACUUUGUCACCAUGAUGGGCAUCCCCGGCAUGCCCCCGUUUGGCAUGCCCCCUGCACCUCCACCACCCCCACCUCAGAAUUAGAUGCCCCAGUGUCCGGAUUACCCGGAGCCACCUGGAGGAGACACUCUCCCGGGUGAUGCUACGAGGAAAGGACUAGAAUUGAUAUAAUACAGUGAACUGCUUGGUUUGUUGUAAAGUGACUAGAAUUUUU